CGCAGAAGCGGCCUGCAGGCCUCCCGGACGGACCGAGACUUGUGUGGUAGUCCGACGUUCGCCGGCCUGCUCCCGCCGCCGCCGCCGCCGCCAUGGGCUCCCUGCUCAGCCGCCGCAUCGCCGGCGUGGAGGACAUCGACAUCCAGGCCAACUCGGCCUACCGGUACCCGCCCAAGUCCGGAAGCUACUUUGCCAGUCAUUUCUUCAUGGGAGGCGAGAAGUUUGACACGCCACAUCCCGAGGGCUACCUUUUUGGAGAGAACAUGGACUUGAACUUCCUUGGCAACAGGCCCGUCCAGUUCCCCUAUGUAACCCCGGCGCCUCAUGAACCGGUGAAGACACUGCGAAGCUUAGUGAACAUCCGCAAAGACUCCCUUCGCCUGGUCAGGUACAAAGAAGACGCCGACAGCCCCACGGAGGAGAGCGGGAAGCAGAAGGCCUUGUACAGCUUGGAAUUCACCUUUGACGCAGACGCCCGUGUUGCCAUCACCAUCUACUGCCAGGCGACAGAGGAGUUCCUUAGCGGCAUGGCUGUCUACAGCGCGAAGAGCCCCUGCCUGCAGUCCGAGACGGUGCACUUCAAGCGAGGGCUGAGCCAGCAGUUCUCCUUGCCGUCCUUCAAGAUUGAUUUCUCCGACUGGAAAGACGAUGAGCUGAACUUUGAUCUGGACCGAGGCAUCUUCCCCGUGGUCAUCCAGGCCGUGGUGGAUGAGGGUGAUGUUGUUGUGGAAGUGACUGGCCACGCCCACAUCCUCCUGGCUGCCUUUGAGAAGCACGUUGACGGCAGUUUCUCCGUGAAGCCCUUGAAGCAGAAGCAGAUCGUGGACCGGGUCAGUUACCUGCUCCAGGAGAUCUACGGCAUUGAGAACAAGAACAACCAGGAGACCAAGCCCUGCGAUGACGAGAACAGCGACAACAGCAACGAGUGCGUGGUGUGCCUCUCCGACCUGCGGGACACCCUCAUCCUGCCCUGCCGGCACCUCUGCCUCUGCAACUCCUGCGCCGACACCCUGCGCUACCAGGCCAACAACUGCCCCAUCUGCCGCUUGCCCUUCCGUGCCCUGCUGCAGAUCCGGGCGGUGAGGAAGAAGCCGGGGGCCCUGUCGCCUCUCUCUUUCAGCCCUGUCCUGGCGCAGACCCUGGACCACGACGAGCAUUCGUGCUCUGACAACAUCCCUCCGGGCUACGAGCCCAUCUCCCUGCUGGAAGCCCUGAACGGCCUGCGCUCCAUCUCUCCCUCCAUCCCCUCCGCUCCUCUCUACGACGAGAUCACCUACACCGGGGUGCUGGAUGGGCUCCCACUGUCCGGCAGGCCCCUGGUGGGGCUCGAUCGAGCCGUGGAGAGCGGCCACCAGAAGAGCAAGCACAGCAAGUCCCCCGACAGCGCCCUGCGCUCCCCCUCUUCACCAAUCCACGAAGAGGACGAGGAGAAGCUCUCGGAAGACUCGGACUUGCCGCCUCCGCUGGUGGGGACGGAGCGUGGGCUGCGUGAGGGCAGCUCCCCGGAGAGCCUGACAGCGGAAGAAGCAGAGGACGUCUCCUCCCUGCAGCCAGGUAGCCAGCCCCCCUCCCUCGAGGACAUCGUCCAGGAGAGCGGCGGCAGCAGCAGCGGCAGCCCCUGCGAGCCCCAGAGCCUGCCCAAACUGGAGAGUGAGCUGCCAGCCGACGUCUACCUGCCAGGCUCUUCCGACUUCGCCGGCGCCCUCCUGAGCCGCGGGAGCAGCAGCCCUGAGCAGCAGCCGCCGCCCUUCCUCUUCAGCCAGCCCCACCUCUGCGUGGAAAGCGGGCAGAGCCCGUCCUGAGCGCCUGGCUCGGGCCACAGCCACAGCCGCCACGGUGGCCGAAUGCCAAACACCUCCCGGGCCUCUGGCCUGCGAGAAGCUGCUCCUCCCUUCCCCCCCGCCCACCCGCCAGGGAUCCUUGAAGGGCCGCAGAGUGAGGCCGUUGGCCGCCCUCCCGCCGCUGGGCUCGUGCCCAGACCGCUCUCCAGCGGGGGACCUGUGUCUUUGUAGAGACGUGCAUGCACCGGCCGCGCCCCGCC